AUGUAUAAACGUGCGCUGGCUGGAUUUGAGAAGGCAUUGGGACCAGAGCAUACAUCAACACUCGACACGGUCAACAACUUGGGUAACCUCUACAGAUCGCAGGGCAAGCUGGAUGAGGCCGAGAAGAUGUAUGAGCGGGCGUUGGUAGGAAAAGAAAAGGCGUUGGGACCAGACCAUACAUCAACGCUGGACACGGUCAACAACUUGGGCGUUCUCUACGCCGGCCAGGGCAAGCUGGACGAGGCCGAGAAGAUGUAUGAGCGGGCUUUGCGUGGAUACGAGGUUGCUUUGGGUUCCGUGCAGGUUCUGACGUAUGUUCCCGCAAUGAAUACAAUGGAAAACCUCGCCCUCCUGCUCUCAAGUACUGGCAGACACGACGAAGCGACUCAGUUGUAUACAGGCGCACAGCAAGGUACGGAAGUGGUGUUUAGACGGGCGAGUACUCGAUACGAAGGAUUAACUACGGCGUUGGGGAGUUUAAGAGUGGAUGAGGCUUCAUAA